AUGCGUCUGUUGCGUACCGUUGGGACAUUACUGGCCGCUAUUGGUUGGUUGAUAAUGUUCUUCUGGUUUUCGUUCUUUCACAGUUUCGACAUUGUAUCGCAUUUCUCGUUCAAAGUGCGUAUGCUGAAUGCGUUGAAUCCGAACAUUGCGCUCGGCUUUGGACUGGGGCUCAUCUCACGCUAUGAAACUCAAGGUGUUCAUUUUGUUGUUUUAUUGCGCUCAAUCAUUAUGCGCCAGUUUUAG